GACGGAGUGGGCGGGCGGCGGCAGCGGCCCCGCGCAGGGCCGGGAGCGGCGGCGGCGGUGGGUCCGAGCCCGCCCCGGGCUGGGCAGCGCCGGGAGCUUCCCCCGGGCUCGUCUGUGCCGAUCUUCUGAAUUUGGCCCCUGACUAGAGCUGACAGAUGAUGGAAACAUUUCCCUGGCGAUGUCUCUGGGGCGACUCCUCCGUCGAGCCUCUUCGAAAGCGUCCGACCUCCUGACCCUGACUCCCGGCAGCGGCGGCUCCUCCUCCGUGCUCGAUGGGGAGAUCAUCUACUCCAAGAACAAUGUCUGUGUCCACCCCACUGAGCUGCUGCAGGGCAUCGGGGAGCACCAUCCAGGCUAUUUGUGCUUGUACAUGGAGAAGGACGAGCUCCUGGGAACCACACUGAUCCUGGCCUGGGUGCCCAACUCGCGCAUCCAGCGGCAGGAUGAGGAGGCCCUGCGCUACGUCACCCCCGAGAGCUCCCCGGUGCGCAAGGCGCCCCGAAAGCGCGGCCGCCACGCCCAGGCCUUCGGCAUCGGCCGGCCCGCGUCCCCCCCGGAGCAGAGAGGGGCGCCGGGCCUCAGGGGGGACGAGAUCCUCACGGUGUCCCAGCUGGUGAGGGAUGGGGCCCCCUCCUCGGAAGGGGAGAAGCUGUCGCAGAGCGGCGCCUGCCGGUCCCCGCAGCCGCCCCACAGCGACUCGGGGACCCUGUCCACGGUCAGCUCCCAGGAGGAGCACUGCAGGUCCGAGGGCACAGAGGAGGGCCUGGACUGCAGGGAGGACUCCUUGGAGCUGUCUGCUGACGAUGUGAGCAGGGACAGCACUUUUGACUCUGAUUCUGAUGCCUUCUCUUCCCCCUUCUGCCUCUCUCCCAUCAGUGAAGCCCUGGGGAAAAGCAGCAGCUCCGUGUUCAUGGACAGUGAAAGCAGGGACACGUGUGACAAUCGCAUGACCUGCUCCACCAGCUCUGCCUCCAGCCUGGACACCAGUGCCCAGUCCCAGGAGAACAAUGGGCAAACGCAGAGCACCAGAUGGGAUGAACAGCAGAAGGUAUUUGCCCUCGAGCAGGUGUGUGGUGUCUUCAGAGUAGACCUGGGACAAAUGAGAUCCCUUCGCCUUUUCUUCAGUGAUGAGGCAUGUACCUGUGGGCAGCUGGUGGUGGCAAGCAGGGAGAGCCAGUACAAGAUCUUCCAUUUUCACCACGGUGGCCUGGAUAAACUGUCCGAAGUGUUUCAGCAAUGGAAGUACUGCACAGAGACACAUCUCAAGGACCAGCAGCUUGCAGAUGAGAAAACCUGCAUGCAGUUCUCCAUCCGCCGCCCCAAGCUGCCCUCCUCGGAGACGCACCCCGAGGAGAACUCCCAGCGGCGCCUGGACGUGGCAGCCUGGCUGCACCACCUCAACGAGGCCGGCCAGGUGGAGGAGGAGUACAGGCUGAGGAAGGCCAUUUUCUUUGGUGGGAUUGAUAUUUCCAUCCGUGGGGAGGUGUGGCCCUUUCUGCUGCACUACUACAGCUACGAGUCCACCUCUGAAGAGAGAGAGGCACUGAGGCUGCAGAAGAGGAAAGAAUACUUUGAGAUCCAGGAGAAAAGGCUGUCCAUGACUCCAGAUGAGCAGAAGGAUUUCUGGCGCCAGGUGCAGUUCACGGUGGACAAGGACGUCGUGAGGACCGACCGCAGCAACCAGUUCUUCCGAGGGGAGGACAACCCAAAUGUGGAGACCAUGAGGAGGAUCUUGCUGAACUAUGCAGUGUUUAACCCAGCCAUUGGAUACUCCCAGGGCAUGUCUGACCUGGUUGCCCCACUCCUGGCAGAGGUUCUGGACGAGUCGGAUACUUUCUGGUGCUUUGUUGGGUUAAUGCAGAACACGAUCUUCAUCAGCUCCCCCCGGGAUGAGGACAUGGAGAAGCAGCUGGGCCAGGAGCUGGACUUCGACGAUCCUUGUGGAUCAGUUCCAAUUCAGGAUAUUCUAUGGAAAUACCUGCUGUACCUGCGCGAGCUGCUGCGGCUGAUGCACCCCCGCUUCCACCAGCACCUGUGUGCCCUGGGAGAGGACGGGCUGCAGAUGCUCUUCUGCCACCGCUGGAUCCUGCUCUGCUUCAAGAGGGAGUUCCCGGAGGCCGAGGCGCUGCGCAUGUGGGAAGCGUGCUGGGCUCACUACCAGACAGACUAUUUCCACCUCUUCAUCUGCGUGGCCAUCGUGGUGAUUUAUGGGGACGACGUCAUCGAGCAGCAGCUGGCCACUGACCAGAUGCUGCUGCAUUUCAGCAACCUGGCCAUGCACAUGAACGGGGAGCUCGUACUCAGGAAGGCCAGGAGUCUGCUCUAUCAGUUCCACCUGCUGCCCCGCAUCCCCUGCAGCCUGCACGACCUCUGCAAGCUGUGUGGGACAGGCAUGUGGGACAGCGGCUUCAUCCCUGCUGUGGAGUGCUCUGGCCACCACCCGGAGUCCGAGAGCUGCCCAUACGGGGGGCUGGUGGAAGUGUCUUCUCCUAAAGCAGGAAGUGAAGGCAAGAGAGGCCUGAAAACACGGGAUGUCUUUGCCUUCCGAAAAUAGCUGAGAGGAACAGGGUGCGACGGAAGGGAAGGGCAGGAAGGAUGUGCAUAGGAAAAAAUGUUAAAGAAAGGAAUGGAGGAAUAGCUUGUCAAGGCUCCUGAGAAGACUGGGAGGUGUGGAAUGGAAGAGGAAUUAAAUUGCUCUGUAGGGGAAGUUCCGUUGCAUGGGUGAUGGAACCUGAGAGAAAGGCAUCGACCCAGGAAGUGUGUUUGGAUUUGAUUUUGUUAGAAACCAGCUUUUCUAGGUUUUAACAAGGACUUUUUAUUCUGCCUGUGGGACUGGACUGGUUAGCAACCAGAACAUUCUUACUUGCUGGUGAGAAACAAGAACACUCCGGGGAGCCAAGGCUGCCCAGAAGUGUUGGUGGGCAGGUGGCAGGAGCAGAGCCAAGGCCACUGUCCCCUCACCCAGAGCACACCUCUCUGCUUCAACCAAAACGUGCAGCUUCGUGGCUUCUUUUUAAAGCCAUAAAAGCCAUUUUAAUUAUAAUCUGCCAAAAAUAAAACUGCAGACCAUUGGGA